CUAGCCCUAGAGGUGGCUUCUGCACGGGACGAGCGAGGCUCGGGGUUGGACUGAAAGGGAGGGGAAGGGCUAAGGAUCAGGCUGGCCUACUGACAGCAGCCCGGACAGCGCUGCAACAUUCCUUUCUUGACAACUUGAAAGAUGCCUUCUGAGGAAUCCAGCCCUCUUUUGGGCACCAGGCACGAGCCUGCAGAGAUCCAGGGACCCUCUCCACUAGAUAUUUAUCUGAGCAGAGUCCGGAACCGAAAUCUCUACCUGGCCACAUUUGCUACUGUGUUGGGACCGCUAAGUUUCGGGUUCGUCCUUGGUUACAGCUCCCCAGCGAUUCCAGCCCUGAAGAAAAGCAUUAAUCCAAAUUUAAGGCUUGAUGACAACCAAGCAUCUUGGUUUGGGUCUGUAGUGACUCUGGGUGCUGCAGCUGGUGGAAUCCUGGGAGGUUACGUGGUGGAUAAAAUCGGCCGGAAGCUGAGCCUGAUGCUCUGCUCAAUCCCCUAUGUCAUUGGUUUCACGACAAUCAUCGCUGCCCAGAAUAUCGGGAUGCUUCUCACCGGCCGGCUCCUGAAUGGAGUGGCCAGUGGCGUCACCUCUUUGGUGGUUCCGAUAUAUAUUUCUGAAGUGGCCCACUCCAAGGUGCGAGGCAUGCUUGGUUCAUGUGUUCAGCUGAUGGUGGUGACCGGCAUCCUGGGAGCCUAUGUAGCAGGCAUGGUGCUGGAGUGGCACUGGCUUGCAGUUCUGGGCUGCAUCCCACCUUGCUUCAUGCUCGGGAUUAUGGCUUUCAUGCCUGAAACGCCUCGUUUCUUGCUGUGCCAGAAUAUGCGCGCCGAAGCUAUUGCUGCACUGCAGUUUCUACGGGGACCCCUGGUGGACCAUGAGUGGGAAUGCAGCGAGAUCGAAGCAAAUGCUGGCGAGCAGCAAGGGCUGGGCAUAGCAGAAUUCAAGAAUCCAGCCAUCUACAAGCCUUUCCUAAUUGGAGUCACCAUGAUGAUCUUCCAGCAAGUCUCAGGAAUCAACGCCAUCAUGUUUUAUGCGGAAACCAUCUUUGAGGAGGCCAACUUCAAGAACAGCAGUGCUGCGUCUGUCAUUGUGGGGUCCAUACAAGUCUUUUUCACAGCGGUGGCUGCUCUCUUCAUCGACAAAGUGGGAAGGAAGAUCCUUCUGGUUGUAUCAGGGACCAUCAUGGCUGCCAGCGCAGCAGUAUUUGGGAUCUAUUUCUACAUAACAGCUGAGAGUCUCAGCAACUCCUCACACAUCAACUCAUUGAAUGUUGCACUUGUGGAAGAAGAGCACAGCCUCUCGUGGCUGGCAGUGCUGAGUCUGGGUCUCUUUAUCAUGGGUUUUGCCUUGGGCUGGGGCCCAAUCCCAUGGCUGGUGAUGUCGGAAAUAUUCCCCCUCCGAGCACGAGGAGCAGCUAGUGGCGCCUGUGUCUUAACAAACUGGUUUAUGGCGUUUCUCGUAACAAAAGAAUUCCAUGACUUCAUGGUUAUCCUGACUCCUUAUGGUACAUUCUGGCUGUUCUCUGCUGCCUGCCUUCUCAGUGUGCUCUUCACUGUAUUUUGCAUACUUGAAACCAAAGGAAAGACCCUAGAAGAGAUAGAGACUUAUUUCCAGGGAUUGCAUCAACCAUCUACCAUCUGAAGGAGGAAAUCUGCAAUGUUCCUCUGGGAUUUUAUCCGGGGUGUUGGCUGAUGGGGCCAAAAUGUUCCUGUUUCCAAGGAGAAGCGCAUGAAUUUUGUGGGGUGCUGACAGGUCAAGUUCAGUUUUUAAUCAAUGUAAUUGGGGAGUCUUUGGAGAGACAACGGUGGACUUUGUGAGGACCGAUCGUUUUAUUAUGAGAGAAUUAAUGGUGUAAAACUUUCCAAAAUAUGUUUUUCUGUAAUCUUUGACUGUGCCAUGACAUGUGUCUUCCAACAUGUCUGCUUGAAAAGGUAAGUAUUACAAAAACAGCUACAUGGCCCGGUCAUUCUGUUACAGGGCUGUAGCCACAGGGGAAAUGUGUCAUCAUAGAUCCAUAGUCUGUAGUUGCAAAAUAGUAAAGAGUCCAGUAGCACCUUUAAGACUAACCAACUUUAUUGUAGCAUAAGCUUUUGAGAACCACAGCUCUCUUUGUCAGAUGCAUGGAAGGUAUGAAGAAAGUGGCCAGAGAUAUAUAGAUGGUGAGGGGAUGGGGGAGAGGGUACAGGGAGUGAGGGCCAUGUAAAUCAGUUGCAGAAGUCAUGACAGAGGUGGAGUGCGCAAUCCAGGCUGGGUGUGACCCCUUCCCUCCAUUGCUGAAUCUGAAUAGAAUGCCUGAAGGCAGUUACUUUUGGUAAUGAGGUAACCAUCUGGUCUCUCUAGCGGCAAAACACCUUUAUCUCACUAUAGUGGUCACCAUAUCUAAGUGAUAGAAGCAGGGAGAGACGUGUUACUAGGGUUACCAAAGCUGGGAUGGGAAAUUCCUGGAGCUUUGGGAGUGGAGUCUGGGAAGAACAGGGUUUGGGGAAGGGAGGACUGCAGCUGGGUAUAAAGUAAUAUACACUACUCUCCAAAGCAGCCAUUUUCUCCAGGGAAACUGAUCUCUGUUGUCUGAAGAUCAGCUGUAUUUCAAAGAGAUCUCCAGGCCCAAACCUGGAGUUUCGCAACGUUAGGCUUUGUUUGCCUUUUUAAACAAUGAUAGUUAGGUUUGGGCUAUUCUGCAUCAGUUCAUCCCCAUAAACCCCAAGUGACCUGAACUUCUUUCACUGCGAAAGUUUUGGCUGUUUCAGUAGAAAUGCACAAAUUUUCACACAAUGUUGGCCUCUUUCUAUCCUUCUACUGACUUAGUAGUUGUGUGUAACUCCAAGUUGACACAUUCUUACACUAGUAGAGGUUGGCCUAGGUAACUUCGCCUACCCCCCCUCCCCUUUAACUACUGAAUUUAAUAAAGCAGAUGUGUUUACAUAGAAGUUAGGUCUCAAUUGUAAUAUUAUAUUUUUGUUACAGAACACUCAUAUGCAAAGUUUCUUUUUACAGUAUCCAUAAAAUGAAAAUUUGCUCUAAAAUGAUUGCGAAUAUCAUAUCUAAAAUUUAGUCUACAAUGAGACCUUCCUUUUUUAUUAUUCUAAUCAAAACACAAAUAAUUCCAACAUUUGAAAAAUCAAGGGAGGUCUAGAUCAUACACUGGCUUUCUGGUGGCAACGCCCUUGCCUGAAAUUUCAGCAGUCUGGAAAGGAAGUAUUUAUAGGCUGAAGUUUCUGUGACGGCUCAUGGACUGAACAGUCCCCUUGGUGGAAUUUCUUCUCCAUUCUAAGAAAAUGCAGGCAUGACCACAUUCAGUUCAUUUCCAGCUGAAAUAUUACCUGAUGGUUUUGCCAUCUAGCCGUGCAUUAACAUUGUUUCAUUGAACCUCCCCACUCUGGUGUGCCAGCUUUAGAGUUAUAUAGAAUUCUAUGCAGAGAGGAAAGAAGCCCUUUAUUGUGGGGAAAUCUGUGUAUUUUGACAAUGAGAGAAGCUAUGAAAGAUGUGUUGUGUACCUCAUUCAUGUAUUUAUGGCUGUUAAGCUCCGCAAUGAUAUAAACCCUACCAGGGCUUUUUUCAGCAGGAACGCGGGGGAACGGAGUUCCAG